AUGUUGAAUGAUGCGUUGGUCGUUCCUUCGUCCAACACAGAACCUCAACAACCAUGGACUGAGCCUAGUACAACUUUAUCAACAGAGAUAACAGAGACGAUACCAACAGAACCAUCAUCAUCAUUGGAAACAACGAUUGUGACAACAACAACUUAUAGAUGGUCCAAUCUGAAGACAUGUUGUUAUGCACCUUUGAUGACUAGACGUAGGCUAGAUGAUGAUGUUGUUGAUCAUGAAGAUCAGUUCACAAAGAGUAUCAAGUGGUCACCUGAUGGAACAUGUCUACUAACAUGUGGAGAGGACAGAUCACUUCAUCUCUAUGAAUUACCACACAGCGCAUACUCGUCUUCAUUGACAUCAGACACAACAGACACAGACAGUCAGGCCACACAGAUCAAUCCAGUGUUUAGUAUACAUGAACAUGACACUGUGUACGACUAUGCAUGGUACCCUUAUAUGAACUCGAGCAAUCCUUCAACAUGUCUCUUUGCAACAACGAGCAAGGACACACCCAUUCAUCUCUGGAAUGCAUUCACAGGCAAGCUAGCCUACAGUUACAUCCCAUGGAAAGAUCCUGAUUGUCUCGAGGCUGCAAUAUCAAUCCAAUUCAACAAUGAUGGUUCCAAACUAUACUCUGGAUUCAAGAAGAACAUAAAGAUAUUCGACCUGCAACGACCUGGAGAUGAUUAUGUCGAGUUUGAUACGUUUAUAAAGAGAGGGAGGAAUCAGAGUAGACAGAACUACUUCCCUGGAUUGCCUGGAAUAGUCAGUUGUAUAGCAUUCGAUCGAUCACGUCAGAGUGGCUUCUACGCCGUGGCCACAUACAAUGGCAACAUCGGCCUGUUUGACGAAGCCAACGACGACCUCAUCGACAUCCUGCCCUAUCCACAAUCAGCGCCACUGCGCGGUAUCACACAGUUACAGUUCUCUCCCGAUGGCAGCCAUCUGUUUGCUGGCUAUCGCAAGUCAGAAUACAUCAUUGGAUGGGACCUACGCACGACCACCGCAGUCGAGACCUACUCACUACAUCGUCCGGUCAACUCGAACCAAAGAUAUACAUUCGACAUUGAUCGAAGUGGACGAUACUUGAUCACUGGUGGGCAGGAUGGAGUGAUGCUAACAUACGACCUGGCCAUCACUGGCAACACUCCAACACCAAUUGCCACUCAACCACUCACAGGCAACGACAACCAACGUAGUCUCAACUCUGUACAAUUCCAUCCUUAUCUUGACAUCAUUGCCGCGAGCACAGGUGAGCGAGUGUUCAACAUCCCAGACGACGAUGAAGCACCCAAACUUGAACAUGAACAUGGACAUGAGAGAUCUCUGACGCCAAAGUUAUCUUUCUCAAUGUGGAGGUAA